UCUUCAACUCAUUCAACUCAUAUCAUUAUUGUUCAAUUGAUCUAUCAAUUCAACUAGACCUCAUUGAUACUCUUAUCAUGGCUUCUUGCCCGGACAUCCAACCAAGGCAAGGUUUACGCCGCAGCGAAAAGCCACAAGGAGAAAAAGCAAUAAAAUGAGGGAUACAAUCAUAUUGUGAAGAAAAGAAAAGGGAGCUGAUUGAGCCUUGCUGUAUAUCGGCUUGGCUUUCGUUCAAAAUACUGUUGUGUCCCGUAGAAAGAGUUGCCUCUAUUCUCGUCCUCUGGUUUACAAUAACACAAGGCAGUCAAUCAGCCAAAAGUCGAAAUGGCCUCUCUAAAGAGAAGACGGCAAAGUCUCGCUGAAGCACCCUAUCGACCUUCUCAUAACUCUACCAAACUACAAACUAGUGCGACGCCCUUCCUCACUUUAUGCUUUUAAUACGGCUAUGCUAAUCUCACGCAGCAACACGUCGCAGCUCACUACGUAGCACAGUGUCCACAAAAUCUGCGAACACUGUUAGUGACGAUGGGGACAUCAACGAGCCAUCUCAAAACUUCCACAAAACCAUUGCAAGUCUCAAAUCAGCAGCAGAAUCUCUUACGGUCCGGGUUUUAGAGGAGACGGCAGAUGAGCAAGCACGAGUGAUCCAAGCCAUGAGAUUAACAAUCUCUACCAAAGAUUUACGUAUUCAAAAGCUGAAUCGAAAGAUUGGAAGACGUGACAAGAGUUUGGAGAAAUUGAGAAAACGAAUGGAGCGCUCAGAGACCGCAUUUUCGAAGCUAAAUUGGUCGAAUGUCGAAGCAAUGGAUGUUGGUACCAGUCAGGACGAAAUGAUGAAGAUUUUGAGGGACAAACGUCCAACUUCAACUGAUGGGCUCUGUACAAAAUGUGGAGAGAAUUGCUCUCGUUUAGUUAGGGACAAUAAACAAUUGAGGGACAGGUUACAUGAGGUCGAUGGUUUAUGCAUGAGACUCAGAACUGAGUGCAGCAAGAUGGAGAAUAAAAUUAGAGGACUCGAAAAGGAUUUAGAUAGGAUUAGAGGGAAGCAUUAAUUUACAUCUGGCUACCAGGAGGAUAUGAAGAUAUUUUGGAUAUUAGAGCUUUAUAAAUCAAUUCAACCAAUUCAUAU